CACCUACUGAACUCAAGUCCAGAUCUGCUGAGUGCCAUCUUAUCUCCAACCGCCCAUCCCAUCCUCGUCUUACGACCUCUUCCCGAACUUCUCGUCUUCUCACCCGCCGUUUUUUUUUAAUCUCUUUUCCACCCUUGUAAAUCAAUCAAUUCAAUUAAAAAACCACCGCCCACCAUGCCCUCCGUCAAGAACCCCAACGGCCCUUCCAAGAACCGCCUGAUCGCGCGCGCCGCCUCCCUGCGCAAGCAGCGCCAGCGCGAGUCGGCCCAAGGCAAGCUGGAGAAGAUCCACAAGAUCACCAAGGAGGACCUCGCGCGCGGCGCCCGUCCCGGUCUGCUGCCCAACAGCGGACCCCGCAAGGCGUUGGGCAAGAAGGCACAGCGCAAGCUGGAGAAGAAGCUGGGGUAUGCCAUCCGUCGCAAGAUGGAGCGCGAGGGACUGAGUAAGAUGGAGGUGGAGAAGGUGGAGGAGAUGAUGGGUAUUGGCAAGACCAGCAAGAAGAGCGCCGCCGAGACCGAGGAGACCACCCCGGCCACCACCAAGGAGGUCGAGAUGGAUUUUUCCUAAAUCAUCAUCAUCGACGACUUCCAAACGAGUUACCACACCACCACCACCAUCGUCAUACCGACAUAACCAUGCAUUUACAACAACUGGCGUUGGGGGAUAAUACGGGAUCAUCAAACAGGGACGAUAUGCGAGACAGAGAAGAAGAAGAAGAAGGGGAAAACAUGAUGCCAUCAGCAAGAAGAGAAAUUAUUGGACAGCAAUUGCCUGAAGAAAGAGAGGAAAAGCAAAAGCGUUUAUCAACAAGAUACCCUUGGCAGCAGCAGCAGCAGCAGCAGUGGAAACAGUGGAAAGAAGAAGAAGAAGAAGAAGAAGAAGGCUUGGUUUGGUAUCUACGGUAUAGAUACGGAUGAUUACUUACUACCUUUUGUUCACCAGCCAGCCAGCCAACCAACCAGUCAUGUGCUGUGUUUCAGCUGAUAUCUCGAGCUGAUUCUCGAGAGCCGAUGGAUGGAUGGAUGGAGCUCUUCAAGUCCUAUUCUAGGCGGUCAUGUCCCUUCUCACCUGUCUCCUCUACCUCUCAACUCUCCCUCGGCAUAAUGUUCAUCGAGUCAGAUUGCGAGAUAACUCCGGGGUCUUCAGUGGCUCUUUUGCUACGAUCGUCUACCACAGCUACUACCGUUGGGGAACGGCCAGUCAUCCGGCAGUUCUGGUCUUAUCCCUCUGGUUGGUGGUUCUUUUCUUUCAGCAGCCUCAUUUUGCUUGAGUGAGCCAAUGGAGGGAUCAGUCUGGAGGGAUCUGUUAAGAGAAAAAAAGGACCGUGAGACACACAAUGUGGUCGACGGGAUGCAUACCUAACCAUGGCGAUUAAUUUUCUCUGCUAGGAUCCAUGGAAGGUUGUGUUUGCGUCUGGGUUGGCAAAAAAGGAAGGAAAGGCGAAGGUUACCACCCAUACCCACUAGACUAGUCAAUCAAAAUCGCAUUUCAAAGAAAACUUGUUGUUGUUCAGCGCAG